UGGUUUUAAUUAUCAUUUUGUUUUCUAUUCCAUUUUCAUCUUAAACAAUUAAGUUAAUUAACUCCCAUUCAGUUUAUAUUUGAUUCUAUUCAAUCACCAGUUCUUUUAAAUUCACUCAUUUGGAAUCAGUAAUUUGUGUUUACAUCAAUUCUUCAUAAUUCAAUAUUGAAAAUUUUUUUCUUCUAUUCUGAUUAAUUGUGGUCAGAAUUUGAUCUAAAUUUUUAGUGAAAUUGGUCAUUGAUUGAUCUUUAAUUAUGUUUAUCAAAGGUUAGUAUUUUCGUCCACUUGAUUGUAUGAUAAUUAUUCAAUUUAUUGCUCAUAUGUUAUAUUGUGAAUGGAUUUCCAGUCAAUAGAUUUAUUGUUAAAUUGUGAUUGUGAUUAAGUGAGAAGUGUCAAAUCUUCACCUAAUUGUUAAAAUGGUCCAAGAAACUGAUGUAAAGGAUUGUCUAGAUGAUGGUAACAAAAAUGAUCCACAGAUUAAAUCUUUAAAGAACAAGAUGAAAAAACAAUCUAAAUUAAGACGAAAUCUUCUUUGUAAAAUUUUCCGUUGUGAUCCAUCACAAUUACGAUCUCUUCUUGGUACUGACAAUGAUCGUGAUCCCAGUGAUUGUUUCAAUAAAAACGAGAACGGUAACUCAUCAGAAAAUGGAUCUUCUCGGGAACUCGCACCGAUUUAUACAGAUUCAAGCAUCUUCUCAAAGGGUACUCAAAGUGCUAAUCCACACAAUGAUUAUUGUCAACAUUUUGUGGACACUGGUCAAAGGCCUCAAAAUUAUAUUCGAGAUGUUGGUCUUGCUGAGCGUUUUGAUGAAUAUCCCAAAUUGAAAGAUUUAAUUCGCAAGAAAGAUGAGCGAAUCCGUGAAACGAACACCAAACCAAUGUACCUUAAAUGUGAUCUGCGAGAGUUACCUUUAAAAGAAUUAAAGUGUAAAUUUGAUGUUAUACUAAUCGAACCUCCUUUAGAAGAGUAUCAACGAACCCGAGGUGCCACUAAUAUCGACUUUUGGAAUUGGGAAGAGAUUGAGAAAUUAUGUAUUGAAGAUGUUGCCGCUCAAAGGAGUUUCGUUUUUCUCUGGUGUGGAUCAAGUGAAGGCCUUGAUUUGGGACGACAUUGCCUACGGAAAUGGGGCUUCCGGAGGUGUGAAGAUAUUUGCUGGAUUAAAACGAACAUUAAAAAUCCCGGAUUUUCUAAAAAUCUAGAACCAAAUGCAAUCUGCCAAAGAACAAAAGAACAUUGUCUAAUGGGAAUCAAAGGGACAGUUCGACGAAGUACCGAUGGAGAUUUUAUUCAUGCCAAUGUCGAUAUUGAUUUGAUAAUAAGCGAAGAACCAGAAUAUGGUUCCAUCGAGAAACCUGAGGAAAUUUUCCACAUAAUUGAACAUUUUUGCCUUGGUCGAAGAAGAUUACACGUUUUCGGCCGUGACACUACAAUUAGACCUGGUUGGUUCACCGUAGGUCCCGGAUUGACAAAUAGUAACUUUAAUGGUGAAAAAUAUUUAAAAAAUUUCGAAGCCCCUAAUAGUCAUUUAACUGGAUCAACUGAUAAAAUUGAAAGCCUUCGACCUAAGUCACCAGUACCCAAGAAUAAGAAUCAAUCGACAAUUGGAAAUAGACCAAAUCAACAGAAUCGAAAUCAUCAACAAUCAAUGGCAAGAGGUGGUAAUAAUAAUACCAGAAUCUCAACGAUAAUCCGAAGAUGAUCAAAUAUCAAAGUGGCAAAAUUUAACACAAACUCUAAAUGUUAAUUAAUAUUUUUUUUCUCUCCAUCAACUUUUAAUCAACUCGAUCACAAUCAACAAUUUCAUUUGUAUAAAUCACAAACCUAAAUCGACUUGUAUCUUGUGUAUCAAUGUAAUGGAAACCCAAUCGUUUCCUUAAUUAUAUUAAUUCCAAAGGCCAAAAAUAUUAAUCAACAUCUAAUAUUA